GUUUUGGUGUUUUUUAGAACAUUUUAAUUGACAGCAGUAAAAUGGCAGUCCUGCGCGGCUGGAGAUUUGUUGGCUUCGUGUCUUGUAUAGUUGGCGCUAUCGGGCUGACUUUGUAUCCGGUUAUUGUGGAUCCCAUGAUAAAUACACAAAAAUAUAAAUCGCUGAGAGAACACAACAAAAACUUGAAAUAAAUAAACACUUUUAAAGUAUGUGUGUACUUAA